AUGGCUCCUAUCGAGUACCUCCUCUUUGAAGAGCCCACGGGAUAUGGUAUUUUCAAGGUCAAGCUGCAGCAAGAUGACAUCGGAUCACGUUUGAAAGAGGUGCAGAAGCAAAUAAAUGACUUCGGUUCCUUCACAAAAUUGGUCGAGCUAGUGUCUUUUGCACCAUUCAAAGGUGCUGCUCAGGCGCUUGAGAACUCGAACGAUAUCUCAGAGGGUCUAGUUUCGGACUAUCUCAAGAGUGUUCUUGACAUGAACCUUCCAAAAGGUUCGAGCAAGAAAACGGUUACUUUGGCCAUUUCUGAUAGAAACUUAGGUCCUUCCAUUAAAGAGGUAUUUCCAUUUGUGGACUGUAUAUCCAACGAGCUAGCGCAAGACUUGAUCCGUGGUGUGAGAUUGCACGGAACUAAGCUUCUCAAGGAUUUGCAAGAGGGCGAUCUUGAAAGAGCUCAGCUAGGUCUGGGGCAUGCAUACUCGAGAGCCAAGGUCAAGUUCUCUGUGCAAAAGAACGACAACCACAUUAUCCAGGCUAUCGCUUUGCUCGACCAGCUUGACAAGGAUAUCAACACAUUCGCUAUGAGAGUCAAAGAAUGGUACGGAUGGCACUUCCCAGAGCUUGCCAAGCUUGUCCCCGACAACUACAAGUUUGCACAGCUCGUUUUGUUCAUAAAGGACAAAGCCUCUUUGAACGAAGAUUCUGUUCACGACCUAGCGGCUCUUCUCGACAAUGACGCAGGCAUUGCUGAGCGUGUGAUUGACAAUGCUCGUAUUUCCAUGGGUCAAGACCUUUCCGACAUUGACAUGGAGAAUGUCAGUGUGUUUGCUCAAAGAGUUGUUUCUCUUGUGGACUACCGCAGACAGCUAUACGAGUAUUUAUGCUCCAAGAUGAACACCGUUGCGCCCAACUUGUCUGAGCUCAUUGGUGAAGUCAUUGGUGCUAGAUUAAUCUCGCACGCCGGUUCCUUGACCAACUUGUCCAAACAAGCUGCUUCAACUGUUCAGAUUCUAGGUGCCGAAAAGGCCCUUUUCAGAGCGUUAAAGACCAAGGGUAACACUCCUAAGUACGGGUUGAUCUACCACAGUGGAUUUAUUGCUAAGGCUUCAGCCAAGAACAAGGGAAGAAUUUCUAGAUACCUUGCAAACAAGUGUUCCAUCGCCUCCAGAAUCGACAACUAUUCAGACGAACCUACCAGUGUUUUUGGUAGCGUUUUGAAGAAGCAAGUUGAACAAAGAUUGGAAUUUUAUAGCACAGGAUCUCCAACUUUGAAAAAUGAGGUAGCGAUUCAAGAAGCUAUCCAACUGUACAACAAAGAUAAGCCUCAGGAAGAGGUCAAGGCCUCGAAGAAGAGAAAGCUAGAGGCCGAAAGCGAGGACGAGGACUCCAAGGAAACAAAGAAGGAGAAGAAGGAAAAGAAAGACAAGAAAGACAAGAAAGACAAGAAAGACAAGAAAGACAAGAAGGACAAGAAAGAGAAGAAGGAGAAGAAAGACAAGAAGGAGAAGAAGGAGAAGAAAGACAAAAAGAAGAACUAA